ACAAAAUGUAACGUAUUAUUAUUAUUAUUAUAAUCAGUAAUAAUGCUAGUAACGCAUUGGUUGCUCUUCAGAGAGAACCAAAUCAACAUAAUCUGAGCGAGUGAAAAAAAAGUCAUCAAUGAAGAAAGAAGGGUGUGAGAUUGAAGCAAGAGGAAUCAACUACAAGAUUUCCAUUUACAAAACACAGUUACACCCUUUCAAAAUCUUCAACAAACACCAACAUCAAGAACCAAAAGUAAAGUUUGUUCUGAAGGAAGUAAACUGCAGGGCAAAACCAUGGGAAAUCCUUGCAAUUGUUGGUCCAAGUGGUGCUGGAAAAUCAUCCUUGCUUGAAGUUCUUGCCGGAAAGCAUACUCCGCAGAACGGGGCGGUUUUCGUCAAUCAAAGACCUGUCGACAAGGCUCGGUUUAACAAGAUUUCAGGCUAUGUUACACAAACAGACACCCUUUUCCCUCUACUCACGGUUGAAGAAACUCUCAUGUUCAGUGCCAAGCUGCGUCUCAGGCUUCCCCAUGCUCAGCUAAGAUCUAAGGUGAAGUUGCUGGUUCAAGAACUUGGCCUCGACCAUGUAGCCACAACCCGGGUGGGUGACGACAGGGUUCGUGGGAUAUCUGGCGGCGAAAGGCGGCGAGUUUCUAUCGGAGUUGACGUGAUUCAUGAUCCUAAAGUAUUAAUUCUUGAUGAGCCAACUUCAGGGCUUGAUAGUACUUGUGCUUUGCAGAUUAUUGACAUGCUUAAGGUGAUGGCCGAGACGAGAGGCAGGACUAUAAUACUAAGCAUUCACCAGCCCGGUUUUCGAAUUGUCAAGAUGUUUAAUUCCAUUCUGUUAAUGGCUAAUGGUUCGGUGUUGCACCACGGGAGUGUCGAUCAGCUUGGUUCUGAUUUGCAGAAGAUGGGACUGCAGCUUCCUCUUCAUGUGAAUGUUGUUGAGUUUGCUAUUGAAUCCAUAGAGGCAAUUCAGGGACAGAAAACGGAACUGCGAAUUCCGUCAUUCGUUAACAAGGUAACAGAGGGAGGUGAGAGUAGGAAGUUCACUCUGCAACAACUUUUUCAACAAUCUAAAGUUGUGGACGAGGACAUUAUUAGUACUGCUGGAAUUGAUGCUCCACCUGGUUAUGCAAAUUCAAGAUUUCACGAAACUAUAAUCCUGACUCAGAGAUUCUCCAAGAACAUAUUCAGAACCAAGGAGCUGUUCGCAUGCAGGACAAUCCAGAUGCUGAUUUCUGGGAUUGUUUUAGGUUCCAUAUUUUGCAAUGUUAAAGACGAUUUAACAGGAGCCGAAGAGAGAGUCGGCCUAUUCGCAUUCAUUUUGACAUUCUUGCUCUCUUGCACAACAGAAGCUUUGCCAAUUUUCUUACAAGAGAGGGAAAUUCUAAUGAAAGAGACAUCCUGUGGGAGCUACAGAGUUUCAUCGUAUGCAAUUGCGAACGGGCUGGUUUACUUGCCAUUUCUGCUCAUUCUAGCCAUUUUAUUCUCAGUCCCAUUAUACUGGUUAGUCGGUCUCAAUCCGAGUUUCUCAGCAUUCAUGCACUUCCUGCUGCUCAUAUGGUUGAUUCUAUACACUGCAAAUUCCGUCGUGGUAUGCUUCAGCGCCUUGGUACCUAACUUCAUUGUCGGUAAUUCAGUGAUAUCAGGAGUAAUGGGCUCGUUCUUUUUGUUCUCGGGAUACUUCAUAUCAAAGCAUGGGAUGCCCAAUUACUGGAUAUUUAUGCAUUACAUAUCACUUUUUAAGUACCCGUUCGAAGGGUUUCUGAUAAACGAGUUCUCCAAGUCCGGAAAAUGCUUACAGACGAUGUUCGGGACAUGCAUGGUUCGCGGAGAAGAUAUUCUGCGCGAAGAAGGAUACGGAGAAGAAAGCCGAUGGAGAAAUGUGGGGAUUAUGGUUGGUUUCAUAUUUGUUUACAGGUUCAUAUCUUAUGUCAUUCUUAGGUGUAAAUGCAGAUGCAAAUGCUCAGUCACAAGUCUCAAGGCGAGUGAUGUAUGAAUCAAUUACCUUAAUUUGUGCUCUCUCUCUCACGGGAUACAACUAGAUGGUUCACAUGCAUUUGGAAUUUACUUGAGAUAGCAGCCAAGAAAGAAACAAAAGAAGUGUAUUAUCUACCAACAUAUUCAUAUUCUAUCAAUCAACAUUGCUUUUUCUUUC